CAGCUUCGUAGUGUUGCGGGAGGAUCCUCCUGCAGUGGCAACUUUGGGGAACUGCGUGGUCCCCCGGGCGGCACAGGAAGUUUCUGCAUGCAACAUCUGUUUCAUUUCUGCUUGGCCUCUCCCCUGCAACCUGGAGACAGAAUGCAGGGAAGAAGGGAUGCCGCCUAGGUCUGACCUACUUUCCCAAGGCACCAGCCGCCCGUUCUCCGAGCCCCCACAAACUUCCUUGCAGAAGCCGUGAUGAAAUGGCACGUGUAAGCCCAUCCCCUCCUACCCUACAUCUUGCCCUGGGAAUUUCUUCUGCCGUGCCGCCCCCCAUCCGCCUGCUUGUGGAGGAUGUCGGACAUGCCCGGAUCAGCAGGCGAUGGGUUUGAAUGGUGGCGGCAUUCCCGGCCGAUGGAGGAGGCGGAAGAGAAAGACGAGCUAGAGGGAUGCGUAGACGAGAAUGGAGCACUCGGCAUGACUGGUUUCACGGGGAACGUGGAUCUGUGGAACCUCUCUUCCACCUCCCAGGAGAAUCUGGAGGAAGCUGGACUCCUGGAAGAACUGGCGGACUACGAGAAGCUUCUGGCAGGAGAUAAACCAGACUUCGACCUCGGUGAGAUUCAAGAUUUGGAAUGCAUGGGGGCAACUGGCACGGGGAGUCCCCGACCCGAGGAUGAUGGACGUCCAGAGGACCAAGGCACAGCUUCUUACUGGCACAGUCCGAGAGACCAGCAGCUGGUCCUCUCAGAAGAUAACCUGCAGCAGGACGUCCCUGAGAAGCAGGAGGGCUCCUGGGAUGUGAACAGUGAGGCGGAAGUUGACCCUGAGCUUUCCUAUGAAGGCCUGUAUGGUUCCGAGUUUAGUCCCAGCCCCGAGGCACUGAAAGAUCCACUCGCUUUGUAUCAGUGCAGCAAAUCCUACAGUUUUACCUCCGAGGGUGGGGAGGAAGAGCUAUCGGAGGACUCCAAUCUCAGCCCAUCUCCCUCCAGGCCUUCUCCGGAGUGCAGCCCCUUGAAAAUAGACUCCUUCGACACGCAAAGCCCAUGUGGCAACAGCCAGGAGCUUCCUGAGGAAACGGAGCGCACUUCCAGCUCCGAGAGAAGCCCAGGGAGUCCCAGGAUCAGCUCUCCAGCAAGUUCCUCACCCUGGAGUCACAGCCCCAUGGGCCACCUCUCCAAGGAAGACCUUCAAGAUUCUCCCGGCAUUGAUGCGGAGACCUUCCCAGAACACACCUGGGUGGAGAGCCUGCGCCAGCCUGCAAGAGCUGUUCUCGAGAGGGGUGCUGGCUCCGCCCGGCCCUCCCAGAGCUCUCCUCCAGCUAAGCCCCAGAAGGGACUGCCGAAUUCCAGCCAGGAAGCAGAGAUGCCCAACCUGCCGAGGCAGCCGGGGAGGGCCCGAGCCCCGAAAGCCGGCGUGCCUCACGGGCUCCCGUCCAAGUUCAGCAGGCAGUCACGGUCCCUCAGCCCCCAGGUGAGGAGAUCCUGGCAAAGGGCGGGGGGCACCAGUCCUCAGGAAUCUGUCCAAGCGGGUCAUUUGAGUCCAGCCACGGGUGACGCCUCCCAGUACGGCCGAAGACAGCUCAACUACCCGCUACCGGACCUCUCGAAAGUGGCACCUCGGGUCAAGUUCCCCAGGGACCCUCAAAGCUACCACCCACCGCGGGGACGGACACCCCCCUGCAGAACCAAGGAUCCCAGCAAGCCCGUGGUCUUCAAGUCUCCGGCCGAGAUCGUCCGGGAGGUGCUGAUGAGCAGCGGGGAAGGCUCCCCGGUGAAAGCUGCAGCACCCGCCCUCUCCGUGAUCCCCGAGGAGCUGAAAUCCCCACGGCAGGCCACGGAGCUGGUGCAUCAGCUGCAGGAGGACUACCACAAGCUGCUGACGAAGUACGCCGAAGCGGAGAACACCAUCGACCGGCUGCGUCUGGGCGCCAAGGUUCACCUGUAUGUCGACCCUCCGAAGCCGAGCCAGGGGGCUCAGGUGGGGGCGAUCUCUCAGCCUUCGAAGGUCAUAACCUUCAGCAUCCCUCAAGUCCGGGCAGCCGAGGUCACAGGAAGGCCUGGUCCAGCAACGGAUUCAGUUUCAGGACUUUCUGGGCAGGAGACCGUGAAGACUUCCCUUCCCUCUUGUGCAGCCACCGCCAGUCCAGGGGCAGAUGGUUCCAGCCCCACCAGAAAAGCUUCCUCGGGCGAUGGUUCGAUGCAGAACCUGGCUGCCCAAGCAAGGCAGCUCUGUGUUCAGGUGGAAUCCUUGGGAGAGUUAAUUCGGAUGGGGAAGCUGCCACCGGAGUAUCAGCGAGAGGGGCUUGUAAGGCUGAAGGUAGCCCAAGAUGCUCUGGAGAAAGCGUACCUGAAAGCCCGAGAUGAGCACCGGCAGCUGCAGAACCACCAGGGGCCUGUGCGGGUGCUAGAAGACUUUGAUCCCGAUCGGGCUCUGGAAGGAGAGCUGUUCCAGCUGGAGAUGCACUUGGAGGAGCUGAGGGAGAGGGUGCAGCAGGGGGCGUGGGACCGGCCAGCCGCGCAGGACGGCCCCAGGACGGCCCUCGCCGCAUCGCCCUCCCGUGCAUCAGUGCUCGAACCCAAGGCACACAUGGAAACACCCACGCCGUCGCUUCAGGCCCCCGUCCCGGCCGGCCGCGUGCCCUACCCUGAGCCCCCCGUUCACCACAACAACCAAGGCCGAGCACGGGUGGAAGUGGAGGAGAACGCAGUCCACGAUGAGCCUGAGGAAGAGGAGGAAGGUCUCCCAGAACCGCUGCAGCUCAGAAGGCUGCAAGUGGAAGAAGGCCGAGCACGGGUGGAAGUGGCGGAGAGCGCAGUCCACGAUGAAACCGAGGAAGAGGAGGAAGGUCUCCCAGAACCGCUGCAGCUCAGAAGGCUGCAAGUGGAGGAAGACUUUGACCACCUCCUGGAUCACUACAGCAGCUUCCGGUCUUGGCCAGAGGCGAUGAGCUUGGAACCACUGCAUCUCAAUGGGUGUAACUUCUCAGAGGAACUGAUCGGGGCGGCUGCUCAGGAUGCUGGGGCAAAGGAUGGAUCCCCCCAGAUGCUUUCUGAGGAUGACAAGACAGCUCAUAUGUCCUCCACUUUAAGUCACCUAGGAGAAGCAACUGUGGAGUCCCAAGAAAGGAGUCUUCUUGAGAUACCCCCAGGAAAGUCCCAGCAGCCACCCCGCCAAAUCAGCGCCAUGGCAUCUUCUCAGGGGGAGCAGCCAAUUCUUCCGAAGUCAGCCGAGGAAAGCAGGACACCAGCUGCAGUCCCUAAAGCACCUUCCAGGAGGUGGCAGAAGCCGGUCUCGUCUCACAGCAGUAUGGCCAGUGUUGCUCACGGGGCCAUUUCUGAUCGCCCGGCCCAGAAGUCUUUCCGGGAGACGAAUCUGGCCAUGCCUGAGGAAGCACGCAUUUUGUCUCCAGAGACAGACAGUGGAUUUGUUGGGUCAGAAGCCAGUAGGGUGUCCCCGUUGGCGCAAGUGCCAAGGCCUCGAUCCUCUGACUUGAGGCCCUGCAGCAAGCUGGGGAAACCAGACACAGCCCUCCAGCGGGUGCCACCGAGGAAGCAACCUGCGGCGAUGGCCUCAUGGGGAAUGGACGUGUUGCCCAGCCCUCAGAAGCGCAGCCCUCCCAGAGCCCUCCCCUUCUGUACAAGCUCCCCUCUCCAGUGGAGACGCUGCCUCGCGAGUGAGCUGGACCCAGGCACGGAGAGCUCCCAUGCCGACUCGGAGGCCGAGGGAGAUGACAUGGCGGCCACCUGCACCACCACCCCCCCUGGGGAAAUGAAGCCUUCUCCUGCUUCCUCAGCUGCUUCUCUCUCCCCUGUGCAAAGCUGCCGUUCCAGCUUUCUGGACUCCUGCUUGCAACGGGACCAGGCCAUCGUGGCUUUGCAGAAUGAAGUCUCGCAGCUGCGCCAAAAUCUCGAGGAGACCCUCCGGGGGCCUUUCGCUCAUCCCAAGCAGCCAUCUUCCCCGUGUGCCACGAGGUUCCAGAGAGCAUUCCCAGGCGGCAGCCGCAUCUGCACAAGCUCCGCUCUAAAGGGGUCUGACUGCUUCCCCGGCUCGACCCCUAGCAAGACGGGGAUUUCUCAGCAUCCGGCUUCGACAGUCCAGCCAGAAGCACAAGCAGGGAGACAGUUGCUACCCCCGGCUGGGAGCCAGCAAGAUGCCUCCCCUUCGGAGUUGGACUCCUCGCUACCAAAGCCUCGGAAGGGAAGACCACGGCAAGCCUCAGCUCCUUGGACAAGCCCCCUGAACCAGAGCAUCCUCCGAGGGCCUUACACAGGAGCUCAGUACCUCUUGUCAGCCCCCAAGCCACGAGAACCGGCAGCCCCCGGCAAGCCCACCCCCUGCCAAGAUGCUCCGUCACGGCCCAGGGAAGCUUCUGCGGGGGAGGCAGGUGCCACGGAGAGCAAAGGAGGCUCCAGCUCCCCAAGGGAUGUUUUCAGAACCGCCCGGCACAGCACUCGAAAGAAGACCAAAGUGCUGUCAUGCUCUCUGUGCAACAACGCCAGGAAUCCCAGGAGCAGAACUCUGCACGGGGAGGAGGACGGCAGAGACAAUCCCCCAGCACAACGCUCUGGCGUGGUGACACUUGGCGGUCACCAUCAACCGCAACAGCCCGGCCUCUGGUACUGGGCCGCCCCGACUCCGGCUACCUCGAUUGGCUACAUCUCCACGGUCCCCUUGGCAUCUUAUCCUCUGUCGCCUGUCAUCUACUGUCCACCACCGGCAGCUACCUCAGAUUCCUCCCCGGCUGGUCUCCCCGUUUCCAGAUCCAGCAGGCAUCAGGACACGGGACAGAAGGCGUGGACAUCUUGGCCACGGCCCCGAAGGGGCCACCACUGCUCCCUCUCAUCCGACGAUGACGCCAGGGAGCAGGACCUGAAUCGGGCUUUAAGCCGUGCCGUGGAAGCGGCCAAAGACAUGAAGCUCACCACAAAGCGGAUAAGCAGGGCUCUGUCUUGGGAGCUGACUAACUCACGGAGUCUGCAGGGAUCUUGCCUCUUCUAACAAGAGAAGAGUUUCAAGAAAAAUGGAGUUUGGCGUCUUCUCAGCUGAUACUCCCCAGUUCUUCACUGCUUUGGCCAGGAAUCCAGGGAAUGUGAAGGAAUGUUUUAAGGCUGGUUGGCCAGGGAUCAUUGCUGCUUCUGCUGAAGAAUAUUUCCUACCUUAGCUUCCUCUGACGAAAGCCAUCUUUGAACAAGCACAGGCUAAUGGCAGACGCUUCCUGGCAACCUCCAUUCUUCACUGCAGAUGGAAUCCAAGGUACCGCGACAGCAAAGAAUGAAAUGGACUGGUCCCAAGUCAGUCCUAAGAACUUAGGGCCGGCAUCUUGUCCCUUUGUGGUAAAACUCAUCUCAGGUCAUGUGCGGAGAGUGAGUGUGUGUGUGUGUAAGAGGGGAUUGAUUUUGCAAAGGGGGGGGGAAUAAGUUUUAGAGAGAUGUAUAUUUUUCUGAGAAAUGUUUCUACUCGUUGCACAUGUGAAGCCAAAUCCCGUAGGGUCCUGUGUUACAUAAAAGCAAUU